UUCAUCACUCAAUUUAGUUGGAAUGAUUGAAUUUCAUUGAGUCUCCAAUCUCAACUCACUUCACGAUGUCGAAUAAAACAAUAGCUUAUUUCUACGAUGCAGACGUUGGAAAUUUUCAUUAUGGUCCUGGUCAUCCCAUGAAGCCUCAUAGAUUAGCACUCACACACAAUCUAGUACUCAACUAUGGCCUCUACAAGAAAAUGCAGAUUUACAGACCAUACAGGGCUACAGCACACGACAUGUGCAGAUUUCAUUCAGAUGACUACAUUGACUUUUUACAAAGAGUAACACCGCAGAACAUCCAGAAUUUCACCAAGAGCUUAAGUCAUUUCAAUGUCGGUGACGACUGUCCAGUGUUUCCAGGUCUCUUUGACUUCUGUUCCAUGUACACAGGAGCAUCUUUAGAAGCAGCAACCAAACUCAACAACAAUCUGUGUGAUAUUGCAGUCAACUGGGCAGGUGGUCUUCAUCACGCUAAGAAGUUUGAGGCUUCAGGGUUCUGCUAUGUCAAUGAUAUCGUCAUUGCUAUUUUGGAAAUCCUCAAGUAUCACCCUAGAGUGCUGUACAUUGAUAUAGACAUCCACCAUGGAGAUGGGGUUCAAGAAGCAUUCUACCUCACAGACAGGGUCAUGACAGUAUCAUUCCACAAGUAUGGCAAUCACUUCUUUCCGGGCACAGGUGACAUGUAUGAGGUUGGUUUAGAGAAUGGUCGCUACUACUCCAUCAAUGUACCUCUCAAGGAUGGCAUAGAUGAUCUCAUGUACUCUGGUCUCUUCAAACCAGUUAUACAAAGUGUCAUGGAGUUCUACAGACCUUCAUGUAUAGUCCUACAGUGUGGAGCAGACUCCUUAGGCUGUGACAGACUAGGUUGCUUCAGUCUCAGUAUCAAAGGUCACGGUGAAUGUGUAGAGUACGUCAAACAAUUCAAUGUACCCCUCCUGGUGAUGGGAGGGGGUGGUUACACAGUCAGGAAUGUAGCCAGGUGUUGGACAUAUGAAACAUCGUUAUUACUCAAUGAUGAGAUCAGCAAUGAGCUUCCUUACAAUGAUUACUUUGAGUACUUUGCACCAGAUUUCACAUUGCAUCCAGACACCACAACAAGAAUCGAGAACCUAAACACAAAAGCAUACAUUGACCAGGUGAGGCAGGGGGUGCAUGACAACCUGAAGUGUAUAGCCCACGCACCCAGUGUACAGAUGCAUGAUGUACCUCCAGAUCUGCUCAGUCUAGAGAAUAUAGAGGAACCUGACCCAGAUGUGAGGAACAGCACCAAGGAUCAAGAUGAAAGGAUUGAACCAGCGAAUGAGUUCUACGACGGAGACAAGGACCAGGAUAAGGAGGAUGGUGUAGUACUAGAUGUAUAACAAACGUUGCAUUCACUAAUGUUUAAUGUGAAUGCAGUCCUAUUCAAUCAAUGAGGAGGGGAGUUCACAUUUGUAUUCAAAUGUCAUACGCAUAUUUCUUGGUCAUGUGUUUAUUCUUUGUUACCCUGUGGUGCUUGUCAGAGGUCUUGCCUGACAUAGCUGAAACAUACGUUGCCCAUGAUUGCCUACGAGGAGGAGCUUUCUUGUGUCAGUCAAAAUGAAAUGCUAAAUGUGUUAAAUGCAAUUUUGUCUGCAGUGAAAUAAACCUCAAAACAGUAAAACAUCAGAAAUUUGGAUGUAUGGAGAUAAAUUUUGAUUAUAUCAUUUUUUCUUGGUCACAUAAAAUUUCCAUAUUGGAAUGUAGACUACUACUCUCACUUUCCGAAUGUAAUGUGCAUCUCUCAUAUUGGUAGUUUACCAUUUACUUCCACAUUGAUCACAUCCUUUUUGAGAGAACGUAGAUUAAUUUAGUAUCGUAUGAUUCCAUUGAGCUUAUUAUCACAAUGUUGACCAAGAAGUAUGCAUGUUUUGAUUGCUCCUGUCAACUCCCCUUUCUAUCUGUACAGUGUGUAUAAAUAUUCAGUCACAAUGCAUCGUUUCCAUUCAGAAUAUAUUUGUUUUGUCUAAAUAUGCCAUGAAAGCGGAAGCAUUAUUCAGAAAGCACUAUAUGAUGUAUAAAUGCACUUGUAAUGCUGCAGUAGCCCCCCCCCCCCUCCCUCCAAAGUCAUCUGUUCCUUUGUUUUACCCCCCCCCCCCCUAUUUUCCUCUCAUUUACCCCCUUAUUUACCUCUUUUGCCUGAUUUCAGUUUGUGUAGUUAGCUAAAUCAUUAUAGAAUUCCCAUCAAUACUUGAAAAAUUCACACUACUGACUAAGGGUUAUUGUAAGUGUGAUACAUUCAAUUAUUCAUGGACCGUGUAAAUCAACCUUCUGACAUAGCAUACCAAAUAUAUCAUCAGACGAUAGGGUGCGCUUAUGUAAUCAUACCAGUUUGACACCCUUAUUUGUACUGUAUAAGCCAAUCUUUUCAUGUACGAAUAUUUUGUGUAUGACAAAGACACAGACAUUUCUGCGAGUUGUUUCUGUUAUAAUUAACACUGGAAACUUAUACUACAUGUUCAAAUAUGCUUUGACAACUUAUUGUUGUAUGUUUUAAAUUCUUGACUGUACAUCGAUUCAGGAAUUUAAUGUAAAGGUAAUUUAAACCCUCACAAAAAUAUUGGCUGACACAAUAUAUAGUACAUGUAUAUGGGAUAUAAUAUACUUGAUCGUACAUCAAUUCAGGAAAUUAGUGAAACAUGUAAUAAAACCCUCACAAAAACAUUGGCUUACAGAAUGUAUCAGGAUAUUGGUAUAAUAUAUUGAUGGACCUUAUCGUUUACCUUUGUGAGAACAAGUAAUUUGUGUGAUGUAUUUUUCCCAAUGAAAUUUCCUAUUAGUCGGAUGAACAUUAUGUCAGUGACUGUUGCAUGCUACACAGAUAAACAGUACUAUUAAGCAUAAGCAGAUAAUCUACAGAACUGUGUACUGCAAAUACUUACAUGCCACAGCUUUUCUGAUCAUGGGCAGUAUUAAGUAUGAUGCACAGACCAGGGACCAUUUCACAAAUCCUUUUUUCAAUGACAAAUGACAACAAAUUAGUGACAAAUCUGCUGAUAACCAAUCGGAAGCAAGGAUUUCAGUAGCUUAUAACAAAGCCUAUCAUUUGUCACUGAUAUCAAGUUUUGUGAAACUGGCCCCUGGGCGUCAUUUGACCAGAAUACAUUUUCUGCAUUCUUAAACCAUUAUAACAGAAUAUAAAUAUUCCUGUAAAGUGAAACAUAUGCCAGCAAGCAAGGCGAUGCCUCUACUUUUGAUGAGCAGCUGUAUAGUUUCCUUAAGUCUAGUAAGCUUUGUACUUGAGUAAAACAGUAAGACACCAAAUAGUAUUGUUUUUUACUUGCAAUUUUGAUGUACAUGUAGAACAUGUGAUAGUUAGAGACAACACCUCUGUAAUAUUUGUGGAGUAUU